GGGGCCGUAGAGAGGUGAUGCAUUCUUUCUGUUACCGGACGCGGUAGAUACCAUGCAGGAUUACCAGAAUUUGCCUAUUGACAUACAGACUAGCAAGCUGCUUGACUGGCUAGUGGACAGGCGACAUUGUAGUCUGAAAUGGCAGGGCCAAGUCCGCACUGUCCGAGAGAAGAUUGCUAUGGCCAUCCAAGAUAUGCCAGAAAAUGAGGAGAUCAGGCGACUUCUUGCUGGUUCCUAUAUUCAUUAUUUUCACUGCCUGAGGAUUGUGGAGAUCCUUAAAGGGACAGAGGCCUCCACUAAAAACAUCUUUGGACGUUACUCUUCUCAGCGGAUGAAGGACUGGCAAGAAGUUGUGUUUCUUUAUGAAAAAGAUAACACUUACUUAGUGGAAUUGGCCAGCCUUCUGGUGCGGAAUGUCAACUAUGAGAUCCCCUCCCUCAAGAAGCAGAUCAGCAAGUGCCAGCAGCUGCAGCAAGAAUAUAGCCGCAAGGAAGAGGAAUGUCAGCUGGCGGCCACUGAAAUGAGGGAACGCUUCUACAGUUCUUGCAAACAAUAUGGCAUCACGGGUGAUGAUGUGCGCCUGGAGCUUCUGGCUUUGGUAAAAGAUUUGCCAUCACAACUGGACGAGAUUGGGGCUGGUGCUCAGGGACUUUCGGAAGCCAUCGACCUAUACCAAGCCUGUGUGCAGUUUGUAUGUGAGAGUUCCACAGAACAGGUAGUUCCAUUGCUGAGGCAUGUACAGGCUCGGGGCAACACCACCAUCUAUGAGUGGAGGCGAGGGGUCAAGCCAGCCUCAGUAGAACGGCCCAUGGGAGAGGAAGUGAAGGAGCCAGCAGACCAGGAGGUGAUUGACUGGGGUGACUUUGCAGUAGAGACAGCAUCUGCCCCUGAGGUGGUUGAUUAUGGCAUCUCGGUUGAAGAAGCCAGUGAGGAGAUAGACUGGGGGAUUUCUUUGGAGUCGGAUGCACAGGAGAGCGGUGCCACCAGCAUAGAUGGCAGGGACAGGAAUGCAGCUGACACAGUGAAGAUUGAGGUGUUGGACACUGGCAGCGAUGUGCAAGAAGGAACUGCCCAAGGACCUGAUGCUCUCAGCCUCCUAGAGACUCCAGAGACCCGUAACCAGUUUAUUGAUGAGUUGAUGGAGCUAGAGAUCUUUCUAUCCCAACGCAUUGUCGAGAUGAGUGAAGAAGCAGACAUCUUGUCUGUCAGCCAGUUCCAGCUAGCCCCGCCUAUCCUGCAGGAUCAGACCAAAAAGAAAUUGGAGGCCAUGGCAGCAGCCCUGCAGGAUCUGAUUGGGCGGUUGACUAGCUUGAGAAUGCAGCACCUUUUCAUGAUCCUAGCCUCCCCAAGGUAUGUGGACCGUGUGACGGAGCUCCUCCGCCAGAAAUUGAAACAGGCGGAUCUGCUGCUCUUGAAGAAGGAACAGAUGAUUCAGAGACGGCAAGAGGCCCUGGAAGAGCAGGCUUCUCUGGAGCCAAAACUUGACCACCUUGUACAGAAAACAAAGGAGUUGCAGAAACUGAUUGAAGCCGACAUUUCUAAACGGUACAACGGCCGACCGGUGAACCUGAUGGGUGCCUCUCUCUGAGCCAUCUCCUCUGCACACAAACACCCUUUCUGGGAUUGGAGCAGUGAGGCAUGAAUCACAUCCUCAACCAAAGAUAAGGAACAGUAACCAAGGAUUUCAAGAACUAAGGAGAAAGGACUCACUAAGUCCUGGGACUGAAAAAUGGCUAGCAGGAAGGAUUCUGACCCCUCUUUCCACAUAGCGCCAGAAGUGCAUUAGCAAAUCCCCGAUGGUUGAAUAAAUCUGCCUUCUCC